ACAUAGAGCCAUGUUUGUUGACGGCAGUUGUGGUAUGUAAAAUUGGGAAAUCAAAGUUGAUUAUUUUCCUUUGUUUGAGAAAAUGGAAAAGUCAGAAGCAAAAGAAAGUGAAAAUGAAAAAUCAGAAUCAAUUGCAGUGAAUGUGAACAAAAGCAAGAGCAAAAGGGACGAAGGAGAAGGAGAAGGAGGAGGAGAAUUGUGGUUGUCAGAAAUAGGGAAAGGUAGAAUAAAAAGUAAGAUAAUAGAAUUAGGAAAUGGAAGUGAAGUUGAAUAUUACCCGAGAUUUGUGGAGUGCGAGGAUGCCUGGAAAUACUUUGAAUACCUCAACAAUCAAAUUCCAUGGAAUCGCCCUACCAUCCAUGUAUUCGGGCGUUCAUGCCUCCAGCCCCGUGACAGCUGCUAUGUUGCAUGUGAGGGAGUUUCCAAAUUGAAAUAUAGUGGCUAUCAACCUCAUGCUUACCCUUGGCACCAAUUCCCACCCCUUGUUCAUCUUCUCCGAGCGGUUGAAGAUGCUCUUCCUGGAAGUCAUUUCAAUAGCUUGCUUUUGAAUCGAUACAAUUCUGGCAAUGACUACGUUUCUUGGCAUUCUGAUGAUGAACCUCUUUAUGGUCCCACUCCUCUAAUUGCUUCCCUUUCCUUUGGUUGCGAACGUCACUUUUUCUUGAAGAAAAAACCCAAUAAAUCAGUGUCAAAGGCGCAUUCAAGUGCAAGCAAGCGGUUGAAGACAGCCAGCAAUGCCGAUCAGGAUCAGCAUUCCUUUUUAUUAAAACAUGGAUCCCUUUUGGUUAUGAAAGGCUACACUCAGAGGGAUUGGAUUCAUUCCGUGCCUAAACGUACUAAACUAGAUGCUAUCAGGAUCAACCUUACCUUCAGGCUUGUCCUUUAACCUUCCAACAUUCAUGUUUUUUACUUGAAGGGAUCUUGUGUUAUGGGCUGGAUUUAAACUCCCCAUACAUACUUGCUGCCUGAUUGCCUAUCUUUUCAAUUACUACAUUGCAUAAUGUAGCUGCUUUUUUGUUCUAACUUGUAUCACAUUAUGUACCUACUGUUGAUUGGGAACCAUUUUCUGCUUAUUUGCUAGCGUAUGUUGCCUUGUAUUCCAUAUGUUUAGGAUACGAUGCUCUGUAAAUGUUUUCCCUUGUGAUGAGUACGGGCUUUCUAUCUCUAGGAAGAUUAAUAUUAACACAAAUUAAAAACAUUCUUGAAGCUUGUAUACCAUGAGUAUGCUCCAGGUGAAAAUGUCACCAUGCGUAACAACUAUGAUACAAAGCUAGCUUUAUUUUUUUAAAAUUGGAUUUUUCUAUCUGCAUUCAGCAAUCUGCAACGAGUGACAGAACACAAAAAUACAGCAGAAGUUCUGUAAUACCAAGUUAAUAGUUUGUUAUUUUUUACAUUAUGUUUCUAUGACAAUUGUAUUAAUAUGAAACAAGGUCAAAGCGCACAAACUAAGUUUAGUGCUAGCCCUGCUAGGUAAGAAGUUGGAUGAGAUUAUAUCACACAAAUUUAUUUAGUUUCAUCAAACAUACAUCCACAAAAUUACAUCUCUCAUCUAAAAAUAGUAAUAUAAUGUCCAGCAUUGUAGGCUUUGUUGAGCAAUGUUCGUGUUAACCUCUUUAAUUGUGUGGCUCUUAUUUGUCCUCUCUUCUCUUCUACUUUUUUUUCUCUCAUUUUCAUUCUAUUGCAGAUUAAUCUCCUUUCUUGCAUUCUAACUUGAAUUUAUAAUAAUAGUUCUGGGCAUUCAGCAAUGUUGUUACGAAGAUUUAUCAUAGAAUUUUACCAUAGUAUUAUCUCCCUUUCUAAAUUGAUAACUUGAAUGAAGCUAAUUGCCUUCCAAUACAUAACUCCUAUUUUUCUCUUCAGGUAUGCUCAUCUCUACCAACGAUGUAAUUAGAGUAUUAUUUAUAUCAACGUGCACAUAUUGUUUUCAGAUUUCUUUUUGGUUGCU